AUGGAGAGAAUAUUUGCAUUGCCAUCGCAGAGUAGCCACACUACCUUCGGCCAUGCUUUACUCCUUUCGUUGCUUGGAACGGUCAUCAUAUCCUUAGCCACUAUGCUCUACCACGUCCUCCUGAUCAAGUGCUGUGUAUGGAGGCAAUCAUCCACCACGACGGAGAAUGAAUCCGCCGCCGACGGCGCUCAUUUCACCGGAGUCGACGAGAAAGUCCUGCAAACUAUCCCGAUCUACGCUUUCUCCGCCGUGAAAUGCUACAUCGACCAAGACGAAUGCGUCGUGUGUUUGGGGGAAUUGGAAGACGAAGAUACGGUGCGUUGGUUGCCUAACUGCAAGCACGCGUUCCACGUGACGUGCAUCGACCGGUGGUUCGCGGCGCAAACGAGCUGUCCGAUGUGUAGAUCUCCCGUAGUUUCAAAAGAGGAGACACAUUCGGAACCGCCGUUCGUCUUCGACGCUCACCUUGCCGCCGAUUCCGGUCGCGAAAUCAGCGAACCAAGCACGAGUACUACCAAUAACCUCGAAUCAUCGGCGCUCCGGCACUUUGUGGUAUCGCUGUCUUCGGCACCAUCGCCGCCGCGUUUGAAGCGGUCGCUCUCGAUGGAUCAAUCGUUGAUGAGAAGUAAUCUGCAGAGGAAUCCAUCGUCUUCCUGGAGGAGAAGCCGCACGCUCAGGAGGAGUGGUUCGUACACCUUUCCGCGAUCGAGCCAUUUCGAUCCCGGCUCGCUUUCAUACAAGUGGCUCAGGUCCUUUUCGCGGCUCGGCUUGGGGAAUGGAAAUUCCAACGGACCAAUUCUUCCUUACUGACAAUAUAUUUUAUUUUAUUUUAUUUUUUAAAAAAGAAAUAGAAACAGAAAUUUCUUAAUUAUAAGAUUUUCCAUUCAUCUGAAAAUAAGAAAUUAUUAUAUUGAUCUGACAACCUGCCUUUUUCUUACUUAAUAAUUACAAAAUGAUUUACUGACUUAGGAAUCAAGGCAGCAAUAGUUUUACUUAAA